CUUUCAAUAACGGGAGCUUGCCAAGCGCGGACAAAACCUAUGGCUUCGGCCGACGGUCAGUUGACGCCAGUGAUGGGCUGGAAUGUCGGUCAAAUGAAGGACGACAUGCUUCAGGCCAUCUCACUUUAGUUGCGUGGCGCAGUUUAUAAAUAGUCCGCGUUUUUGCCACAGGCCGCCUAUAGCACACUGGACGGGAACCUUGGGAUGCAACGAAAUAUAAGCAACGCGACAGAUAAAAAGGCGAUCCAGUUAAAAACCACGUCGAACAAGCAAGGUUCAAACAGGCGGAAACGAGAGGUUCCCCUUCGCAGUCAAGCUGUUCCGCCUCUACGAGUGGCUCAUCCCCCUACCAUCCCACACACCAUUCUCAAUAAUGAAGAUCAAGCGAAGCUCAUUCGCGAGCGCGACGAUCUUCGUGUCCGUUCUCAGCAUCUUCAGACCCUCUUGGCCGACGCGCAACAGACGAUAGCUGAACAGACCGACGAAAUCCGCGUUCUACGUCUCACUAUAACCAAGAAUUGCACAGAUAUGUCCCCAAGAAACGAGCCAGCAAUUGUCCAUGUCGCAGAGACAAAUCCGAUAUCUAGCUUAAUGGCCACUAUAACGUCUCUUCAAGCGGAGAUCGCAGAGUACAAAGUCAAGUGCGCAACAUUUGAGACAGAAUGUGAGGCGCUAAAAGCGCGCUGCGAACGCUGUGAACAAUGCAAUCGGUCGCUUGAGAGGGAAACAACCACACAGUUGGUUGGUGAGGUAGACGAGAUCAAUACGUUGGGAGAAUUGCAUGCUAGUGAGGGCUGUGGGCGCGCUGCACCCUUGUCUCGGUCCCAUUCUCGGUCGGAAGUUGUGAAUCAUGAUGGGCUCUUUAAGGGAGCAUCCGAAGUGCAGAAGGGAAAUUUCAUCUCUGGAGCCUGCGAUGAGUCCUUGUCGUCAGAACAUGAUGUUGAACUUUGUGUGGCAGAUUUUCGCCAGCAAAUGGAGACACAAAGCACUAGACGGGGCAGCAGUCACUUGAAGGAUAGUCCACGCAAAGUGUUCCGGAGUGACUCAAAGCAAUUCAUAGUGGAAUGUUCGGAGACGAUGCCCCCACCUCCAAUCCCCCACAUGCAGCGAGAGGAACUGGAAUGGCUUGAUAAGGAUGCAUCCCUGAACGGCGUUUUUGCAACUUUAGAGCUCGUGUCUAGGGCAGAUCACGAGCAAAGUGCAAAUGCAAUAUCUACCAAUAUGGAAGCCACGACAAAUUCUGGACUGUUGGAUCAAAGCCUGUUGCUCACCCAAGACAAACACAGUCGUGAACUACCGACUGACGGCCUCCAUCUUCCUGAUAAUCAAGCAACCCUACCAAUGUCUGAUAUACAAACCACCGUGUCGCAGUUGGAGCGUGAGCGCGAUGCUUUAGAGGAGGAACUAUUGUACAUGUAUACAGAACUGCGGCGAGCUGAAGCAGAAAUUGAGCAGCUGCGAAAAUAAAUAAACAAAAUACAGACUGACGCAGUUCCAAC